AUGAUCAAACACAUCAAAUCAUGUCAAACAACCAGCAAAGAUAUUCCAAAUGCUUCUCUUACUAUUAAAGAAUAUCUUCGUCCUAAAACUGCUCAACCUAUUUCAAGAAUAUUCAAAGAAAAAAUUACAGAUGCAACUGUUGAAUUUGUUGCUGUAGAUAAUCGUGCAUUUGAACUUGUAUCUGGUGACGGGUUUAUUAAUUUAGCUCAAACAAUAUUCAAUGUUGGUCAAGAUUUAUCUAAGACACCAGAUGUUAAUGUUUUGGAUUUAAUACCGAAUCCAAGAACUGUAAGCGUCAGUUUUUGCGGUAUUGCUCUAUUUUAUUUAAAUGAUGAAUUAAAACUACAUGUCUUUAUUUUGGGUUGUUUUCCCUAUGAUCGUGAUAAUCAAACAGCAAGUCAAAUUCGUCAAUUUGUUGACAAUGUUAUUGAUAAAGUUCCAGUUAAAUGCGAAAUUGCUCAAGAAAUGUUCGUUCAUGUACGAAAAAUCGUAUCCCAUACCAGAAGAACACAUAAACAAACAAAAUUAUCUCGUAAACUUCAAUCAUAUUGUGAUACACGGUUCAAUGGUGCUUUUCUUACGAUGGAUGUGUUCUUAUUGGUGUUCGACGAAUUACCUGGUGUUUUAGAACGAGCUCUUAUGAAUGAUUAUGAAUCAAUAGAUAAAGAUUUACUUUCAUGUAUUUGCUUAUUCCUUAAACCAUUUGAGGAAGUAAUUGAACAAUUUAGUUCUGAUACAAAACCAACAAUAUAUAAAGUUUUACCGUUUAAACAAUAUUUAUUGAACCACUGUAAAAUUCAUCCUGAUGAUCAUGAUGGAAUUCAACAAGUUAAAACAUUUCUGGAAAAACGUAUUCAAGACGUUUGGAUUAUACAUGAUAUACAUUACAUCACCACAUUUUUACAUCCAUCAUUUAAAAAUUUCGAUAAAUGUUCUGAUUUUCGCGCAAAAGCUAUUGAUUUAACAAAAAAUGAAUUAAUGAAGCGCCAACCAUCAUCAUCUAUUAUCUGCUCAACAAACAAUAAAUCACCUGCUCGUAUAGUUGAACUUGAUCCUCAAACAUCGUCGCCAAAAACUCUUCUUUCACAAUGUUUUGAUACACCAAAAAAUGACUUAAAAUUGCCAACAACACCUUAUGAUGAAUUAGAAGAAUAUAUUGCAUUAAAUGUUAGAUUAAGUGAGAAUGAUGAUAUUUUAUUAUUUUGGUUAAACCAUAAGAUGAAAUUUCCAACAUUAUUUAAUAUUUUUCAAGAUUUUUAUGCAAUACCUGCAUCAAAUACCACUAUCGAACGUGUUUUCUCGUCAUCAAAAAAUACAAUUACAGAUAAACGUACACGUCUUGGUACAGAGAAGAUAAACAAGUUAUUAUUUUUACAAAAAAAUCUGAAUUUAUUGAAACAAAUUGCUAAACAACCAGUUAAUGAAGCUGCUGUCACUGCAACAAAACGAAAGAUGGUCCUUCAGCCACCCUGCACGAACUCAUAUGACAAUCAAGAAGAAUUAAUAACUACUACAUCUACCAAGAAAUUGAAGGUGAAUGAAGAAGAUGAUAUUAUCUUUUGCGAGGAUGAUGAAGAAAAUGAAGUCGAGUUUUUUUAG